UCUUGACAGUCUCUUGACAGUCCGACGUUCGACUCGCGUUGUCGAAAGAAUCUUUCCUUGGAUCGCAGAAAACCUGCGUCAUAUUAGUAGAUACGACGAGGUUAGGCGUUCGAUUACGUGUUGCAACUGCUAACUGCUGCUAUAUCUUAGGAUUUGAAAUUUUUUUAAAAUCUUCAUUCUGUCAAACAGUUUUUCUAACAAACGACACUUAUUGUUGGUACAAUAUCUUUUUAGUAAUAUUAAAAGAAACGUAAGUGUAAAUGCCUGCUCUGUCGUAACUGGAUAUAUUCAAAUUGCACAAAUUAAACUAAUUACUUUUACAAAGAAAUAGAAACAUUCCAGCUCGAAAUGUAAUGAAUAAAAUUCAAUUCACAAUCAUUAUUCUUGGUCAAAUGCAUCAACCUUUGAAUGAUGUUUAAUUAAGAAGAUAGUGUCUAUUUAGUUUACGUUUUAAAAUAUAUUACGUUGCACCCCACUACGUAACAGUUGCCAACUUCGUUUUUAAAAAUUUCAAUAUGAUGCGCAAAAUACUUGCAAUUAGCGCGCGAAGCAAGAAAUAUUUGUCAAGUGUUUCAAAAAAUUUGAAAAGUUGCGGACGUGAAUUUUGCACGGCCGUUGAAGAGAAUCGUUCGCCGUUGAACGGAGUAAGAAUUCUGGAUCUGACGCGAAUCGUGGCCGGUCCUUACUGCACAAUGAUCCUGGGUGAUCUCGGUGCGGAGAUCUUGAAGAUCGAACGACCCGACGGCGGGGACGAGUCACGCAAGUGGGGCCCGCCGUUCUUCCAAAGAACACAGGAGUCGACUUAUUUCAUGAGCGUCAACAGAAAUAAGAAAAGCGUUUGCAUCGAUUUGAAGAAGGGUAAGGAUAUUAUUUACGAGCUGGCACAGACAAGCGACGUCCUGAUGGAGAAUUAUGUGCCCGGAAAGCUGAGCAGCAUGGGCUUAGGAUACGAAGAUAUGGCUAAGAUAGCGCCACGUCUCAUCUAUUGCUCGUUGACUGGUUACGGAUCCAGUGGACCAUAUGCAAAUAGACCGGGUUACGAUGUCGUCGCUGCUUCCUUAGGCGGUCUUUUGCACAUUACCGGCCCGAAAGAUGGACCACCGUGCAAGGUUGGCGUAGCAAUGACUGAUCUGGCAACAGGCCUGUACGCUCAUGGAGCAAUUAUGGCAGCUUUACUACAAAAAUCGAAAACCAACAAAGGCCAGUGGAUACAAUGUAAUCUCUUGUCGACUCAAAUCGCAAGUCUGAUUAACAUUGCUUCAAAUUAUUUAAAUGCAAACAAGGAGGCGACAAGAUGGGGAUCUGAACACGAAAGCAUAGUUCCUUACGAAGCCUUUCCCACGAAAAAUGGAUACAUGACGAUUGGAGUAGGGAGCGAUGCACAAUUUCUGGAAUUAGUCACAAGAUUACAAAUGUCAGAACUUACUACUAAUGACAAGUUCAAGAAUAAUAUAGCUAGAGUUAAAAACAGAACGGAAUUACUUGAAAUCCUUAGAGAUGUAAUUAAAAAGAAAACAAAUCAAGAAUGGUCUGCAGAAUUUACAGGGGCUUCGUUUCCUUAUGGAGCAAUAAAUACUAUGAGAGAGGUAUUCGAUGAUCCCCAUGUGAAACAUAUCAAAUUGGUUCGAGAAGUAGAUCAUCCAGUUACAGGCAAAGUGAAACUUGUUGGACCACCUGUGACAUAUAGCUACGCUACUAAUAUGGUGCGAUCAGCACCACCAACAUUGGGACAGCAUACGUCAGAAGUUUUAAAAAAUAUAUUAAACUAUUCUGAUGAUAAAAUAGAACAUUUGAUAAAACAAAAAAUCGUACAAUAA